AUACUGCAGAAGUUCACUAUCAGUCUUGUUCUGUUAUCAGCACUGAACAGUGAACUCUGUUAGAGAGAGUCGUGCAAAAUGUCUCUCAUCAAGCAGAAUCUGCACUCAAAUAAUGAGGCGAACAUCAACAAGCUGAUCAACCUGAAGCUGACGGCCUCUUAUGUGUAUCUCUCUCUGGGAAUGUAUUUUGAUAGGGAUGAUGUGGCUCUACCCAACUUCUCCAAGUUUUUCCUGGAGCGUUCACAUAAGGAGAGAGAUCAUGCGGAGGACCUGCUGGAGUAUCAAAACACAAGAGGAGGACGAAUCCUUCUUCAGACUGUUGCGAAGCCCAGUCGUGAUGACUGGAAAGGAGGUAUUGAUGCGCUCGCUUUUUCUCUGGAACAUCAAAAGUCUAUUAACCGAUCCUUGCUGGAGGUCCAUCGAGUGGCAGGAGAGCACUCUGACCCUCAUCUCUCUGACUUCCUAGAAGGUAAAUUCUUCACUGACAGCCAUGAAACCAUCAAGACAUUGGGUGACUACUUGGGCAGUCUGAGUCGCAUCACGUCUUCGGACCCACACGGCAAGAUGGCGGAGUAUCUGUUUGACAAGCACACACUCUCAUCCACUCAGAUCUCAUGAGUUUGCUGCAACAAAUUCACGUUACCGAUACGCAAAUGUGGUCAACUUCUCUAUUUCAUUUUCACCUUUCAAGAUACAUUCCAGUAUGAACCACAUUUGACAAGUUGAAUGAACGAUAAUCAAUGCAAAAGUUAGAAAAUGCUGUGAAAUGUGCUUUUAUCCAAACAUGGUGCCCUCGUGUUAAAGCCUUAACUAUCCCUUGACUGUUUACAGAAUAGUUUAGGUGCCGUGUAAAACUAUCUUGUCCAAAACCAGCCUGUAGGAUUUUCAAAUGGGGUUAAGUACAGCGCAAAAAUGAAAGAGUAUUUUUAGAACGCCAAAAGCUGAAUUGUUUUACCUCCAAAAUGGUGCUCUGUGUCAAUAAUGCAAUAAAUAAAGCAAGCAUUCCAAACAAA